AUGAAGUAAUAUGAAUAAGAAGACUUGAAAUGUUCAUCAACUAGAAGUGCAUAAAAGCAAUUUAAUGAGAAUUGGUUUCGUACACCUAAAGCUACACAACGUACCAUUACUCUUUAAUCUGAUAAUAAGAUAUAAAGUAGAUAAUUAUUAGAUAAUAAUCAAUUAACAACUUAACCUUGUAUAUCAUUUAAACAAGAAUUCUAAAAAAUAUCAUCUAAAAUAGGUAGCUUUGUGACUCCGACAAGUGAUUUCUAAUCUCCUAUGCAAUAAAUAUAUGACCAUUAAGUAUUAGAAUUGAAAACUAUAGAUAUGUAAAAUCUAAAUGUUUCUUUGUAAGUAAGUUAUACUAAAAUCUUUAGUCAGAGAUUAUUAAUCUUAAAUAACAAAUACAAUUCUAGACAGAUUCUAUUAAACAUAAGGAUAUGAUCAUUAAAAAAUUAAACUUUACAGUCUAAUAAUUAACAUCAUAUAAUUAAUAAUUGAAAUCAUCCUUACCAUCAGAUCAUGAUUUAGCUAAAUUUAAAAAACAAAUUAAGUUCUUAGAAGAAGAAUUGGUUGAUAAAAAUAAUUAAAUCUAAUAAUUUUCUAAAGUAUUCAUUUCAUAUAUAUAUAUAUAACUAGAUAUAAGAUGAAAUCAAAUCUUUAGAAGAAUUCUAUGUUAAAAUGUUAUCUAAAAUGAAAUCUGAUUUAGUAUUUUAAAACAAAGAGUUAUUGAAAUUACUUAAUCAUGUUUAAUGCUUAAGUUAGAUUGCUAUAUUGAAUUUAUAAAAUGAAGAACUUCCAAUCGAUCUCCUAUUCAAAUAUAAAUAAUAUGGAUUGUUUGAAGACGAAUAAUAAAUUGCUCAAAAAACAGAAGUCUUUGAAUUAACUAAAGAAAAUGGACACUUAUUAUCUAAAAUAUUGGAUGAAAUCAAAAAAACCUUUGAAAAAAUAUCCUAUCAUCUUGUGGAAGGAUUUUCAUUAUUGACUAAACAUUGA